GCUUGUUUGCCUGCUUGCACUUACUUGUUGGCACUUCUGUUGAACCUGCUUCUUCUGGAUUCUAGUUUAUAUAGAAGACCAGCUGAAACACCUAGAGCAACAUGUCCUACAGUUUUGACCAGGCUAGCAAGGAUGUGGUUAAAAAGCUUCAAGGCAGAGAUCUGAGGCCUGUGGAAUGCCUGUCAGAUGCAACCAAAUUUCGUCUAUUUCACAUACUUCAGGAGACUCCUCGAUCAGGUUGGGAAACUGAAGAUAUUCCAGUUGGAUUUACCCUUCUGGAUCUCUUGGAGCCCAAUUUUCCUGUUCCAGAGCCUGAAGUGUCUGCUCCCAUGCCCUUCAUACAUGUCCAAUCAAUGCAACUGGAGGCUAACUUGGAUGUCCAACGCAUUGUAGGAGGAGGUGUAGGGUAUGAUGGGUACGGUGGAUACUACAUUGAGGUUCAGAGAACAAGCAUCCCAAAUCCAAAACUGGAAAGUCUUCAAAACAGGAAUCUGUUGGACCAGUGGCCAACAUAUAUGAACAAUUGCUUGAUAGAAGGAAAGAACCUGUAUGUGGUGACAGAGGCCUAUGAAGUAACCAAGGAUACUGUGCUGGAAGGCACAAGCAAUGGCAAAUUUGGAAUCAAAGGGAUCAUCAACCAGCUUGUCAAGGUUGGAGGCAGUGGGCAGUGGCAAACAGAGAGAACAGAUUCAAUACCUAUCAAAAAAGGUUCGGUGUUGGCCUACAAAAAGCAGCAACUCGUCAUUGAGAAUAACACUUGUGUCAUUCUCCAUUCUGCUAAUGCUAAGAAGAAGAUGACCUUUCCAAACAGACCUAAGGCAUUAUCUGGACCCACUGGACCCACGCUAAGAUAUCAGGAGCUAGUCAUUGAGAUAGGCUCGUGGAUAAAUGCCAUCGAUCCAAUUGGAACAAUUAAGGAGCCUGCCCAUCUAGAUUUUAUGUGCCUACAACAUGAAGUAUCUGAACAAACACAACUACUGGCUAAGCUCUCAAAGGAUGUUCAAGAAGUUGUGUUCUCCAGUUUCCUGCACAUGCUCAGUGACAGGGAUGUUCUGUAUGACCUGAUGAAAAUGCUGGAGUUGAAUCAGUUGGGGCAUAUGGAUGGCCCAGGUGGCAAAAUCCUGGAUGAGCUGCAAAAGGAUUCUAGCACCCCAUGGNUUGACCUAAAGGACCUCAUUCUUUAUCUCCUUCAAGCCCUGAUGGUGCUGAGCGAUACCCAACUCUGUCUGCUGGCCCAGUCUGUGGAGAUGCGGCUCCUCCCUCACCAAAGAGAGCUGGUAAAGAGCAUCCUACAGCCAAACUUCAAGUAUCCCUGGAACAUUCCCUUCACACUCCAGCCUCAGCUUCUUGCCCCACUCCAGGGUGAGGGCUUGGCCAUUACCUAUGAAUUGCUGGAGGAGUGUGGUCUGAAGAUGGAGCUGAAUAAUCCCAGGUCAACUUGGGAUUUGGAAGCCAAGAUGCCCCUGUCUGCUCUCUAUGGAAGUCUGUCAUUUUUACAGCAACUUUCUGAAGCCUAACUCUUCCUCCAGGCCCAGCCUCAGUCCUGGAUACAUUUGAGAUAUUGCACCAUGGCAUACACAAGAGUUGUGAUUCGAGUGCAUGUUUUAGGCUGGUGGGAAUAAAGAUGCUACGGCUCCUU